AAUGAUUUUUUUCAUUUUUAAUUCUUUCCUUGGUCCCUUGUAAUAAUUAAUAUACUUUGAAAAAGAAGGGGAAAUACAUAUCGACGGCUAAGAUGUAGCGUAAGUAAAGGUAGCGGAGGCAAAUAAGGAGCGUGCAAUAAAGAAAGAGUCGAGUUCACAUGGACGGCCAAAGCGUUUAUGUCCCACCUUUGUCCCCUUGCCUCAUCCUUGCCUCACACGCUCCCGACAACUUCUAUCUCUCUUCCUUUUACCCUAACUUCUAUGCAUCUUCUCCCACCUUUAUAUAUCUCUCUCCCCUUUUCUCAUCAUCAACCAAACUCACCAACAAGAAGAACCAUAACAAGAACAAGAGAAGGAUUCUGCGUUGGAAACCACACAAGAACAUUUUAGUCAAAAAAAAACCACACAAGAACAUAGAGAGAUCAACUUCUUGAUCUUGAAAAAAACAAUGACGUAUGAGAAAGUCAAUGAGCUUAACCUUAAGGACACAGAGCUUCGUCUUGGAUUACCUGGAACAGAACAAGCUAAAGAAGAACAAGAGGUUUCUUGCGUUAGAAGCAACAAGCGUCAACUACAAAGCGAUAACGAGGAAGAAUCUACACCUCCUACAAAAACUCAAAUAGUUGGUUGGCCUCCGGUGAGAUCUUACCGUAAGAACAACAACAGUGUUAGCUAUGUGAAAGUGAGUAUGGACGGAGCUCCAUACCUCCGUAAAAUAGAUCUCAAAACAUACAAAAACUAUCCAGAGCUUCUCAAGGCGUUGGAGAACAUGUUCAAGUUCACGAUCGGUGAAUACAGCGAAAGAGAAGGAUACAAAGGAUCUGGAGUUAUACCAACGUACGAGGAUAAAGAUGGAGAUUGGAUGUUGGUUGGUGAUGUUCCAUGGGAUAUGUUCUCUUCCUCUUGUAAGAGACUUAGAAUCAUGAAAGGAUCUGAUGCUCUUGCUUUAGACUCUGCCCUAUGAUGAUGAUGAUGAUGAUGAUGAAGAGACUUUGAUGAGAGCUUUUGAUGAUUGAAACCCUUAUUUGAUUUGGAUCUGAUCGGUGUUUGAGUAGUUGACCACACCAUAAACAAAUCAUUCAGGGUUUUGUUCAAUGAGAUAGUUCCAUUUCCAAGUGAUUUUCUUUUUAUUUUAUUUAUUUUGUUGUUUUUAGAUUUGGAGUUCGAUGUAAAGAUACAUGAUUUUUUUAAUGUAUAAUACGGACAUAUACACAAUAUAGAUGCAUAUGUAGCAAUGUUAUUGAGUAACAGUCUUUAAUUUCGUUAUAA